AUGGAGUAUUUAGUGCGUGUGAGUCUAACUAUAUUUACAGAACAGUUUCAUAUAUUUGUGGGCGACUUGAGUGCAGAAAUUGAAACUCAACAAUUAAAAGAUGCCUUUGCACCCUUCGGAGAAAUAUCAGACUGCAGAGUUGUUCGUGAUCCUCAGACAUUGAAAUCAAAAGGUUAUGGUUUUGUGUCCUUUGUUAAAAAAUCGGAAGCGGAAACCGCCAUCACAGCUAUGAAUGGUCAAUGGUUGGGUUCACGUUCAAUACGCACGAAUUGGGCAACAAGAAAACCGCCAAACGCCAAACCAGAUGCCAAUAGCAAACCUUUAACAUUCGAUGAGGUUUACAAUCAGAGCAGCCCCUCAAAUUGUACCGUAUAUUGUGGUGGCAUGAAUGGCACGUUGGCUGGCUUUCUAAGCGAGGAAAUUUUACAAAAAACAUUUUCACCAUUCGGUACGAUACAAGAGAUACGUGUGUUCAAGGAUAAGGGUUAUGCAUUUGUAAGGUAA